AUGCCUUUCGGCGAGGUCGUUUGCGGCUCGCCCGGGAGCGGCAAGUCGACCUACUGCUACGGCAAGCACCAGCUCUUCACGGCUCUCAACCGUCCCAUAUCCGUCGUCAACCUCGACCCUGCAAACGAAAACAUACCAUAUCCAUGCGCCGUCGACAUCUCGCAGCUCAUCACACUCGAGGACUACCUCGAGGCGAACUUCGACUGGCUCGAGGACAGGCUGCGGGAGCUGGGCAAGGACGCAUAUGUCCUGUUUGACCUGCCUGGGCAAGCGGGUUUCGGGUACCUAGCCGCGGUCCACCUCUGCGACGCGCACUACGUGACGGAUGCGUCUAAGUAUAUCUCCGUCCUGAUGCUGUCGCUGCGCGCGAUGCUGCACCUCGAGCUGCCGCAUGUCAACGUGCUGUCGAAGGUCGAUCUCAUACAGCAAUAUGGCGACCUCGACUUCAAUCUCGACUUCUACACCGAGGUCCAAGACCUCUCAUACCUCGAGAACUCACUCUCGACGUCUACGCCGCGCUUCAAGGCACUCAACAUGGCUAUAUGUUCUCUGAUCGAGGACUACGGGCUUGUAGGGUUCGAAACCCUCGCAGUCGAGGAGAAGGAAUCCAUGCUCCAUCUCAUGCAUGUCAUCGACAAGGCGACAGGCUGCGUCUUCGUCCCGCCGCCAGACGCCCAGCAACCACCAGGCACCGUCGAGGCUGACGGCGCACCGGGAACGCAGCGCCCGAAUGCGUACGGGCUCUUCACGAGCGCAGCUGCUACAAUUCAAGGCCCGCGGAGUGACGUGCGGGACGUCCAGGAGCGGUGGAUCGACGCGAAAGAUGAGUGGGACGCGUGGGAGAAGACACAGUGGAGGCGGGAAGGGCAGAUGGUCCAGGAGGCGGCACAAAAAAGCAAAAUCAGGCAGAGGAGUACGGGAGAGAAGACGUAG